ACCCUAACUUUGAUUGUUUAUACCCAACCAAGGUUGAGUUUAAGCCGCUCACCGCGCUGUUUGUUUAACAGAAUUUUAUUUAAAUUGCGGACGCAGACAUUUUAGUUCUUUCAUACAUUUUCAUAUAAUAAUAGUGGAACAAAGAACCUUUUACAUUAUCACUGAAAUGAAAACUCGGAAAUUCAUAUAUUUCAGUUAGUCUUUUGAAACAGGGUGCGUACAUAGGGUACAUGUUAUCAUCUUCAGAACUAUAUUAAUAUUUUGUAAAAAUUAUAAAUUAAUAAUGGACCAAGAGACUGCGAAAAUGCUAUUCAUUGAAGGAGGCACGUUCGUAUUCUUGGGUGUUCCAGAGGAAACGCAAUUUGGUAUUGAUAUGCAAUGUUGGAACACUGAAGAAGAUUUUCGUGGAAUUAAAAUGAUACCACCUGGUCUACAUUACAUUCAUUAUUCAGCAGUGAGUAAAGGCACUGGUGAUGUAUCCCCUAGGUCUGGAUUCAUGCAUGUAUUUCACCAGAAAGAAUUUCUUGUGAAGAUGUGGGAUAAGAAAUCUGAAGAUAUGAGUAAAGAUGAAAUAAGCGAUGAGAGUAUUCAGCGACUGAAAGAUAACUUGUUCAAUCUUGAUAAGCAUCUGGCCCCCUAUCCAUAUGAUAUUUGGGAGAAAUGGAAAUUGCUUACUUCCCACAUCACAGGUGAAUUGGCAAUGAAAUUGUCACCUGAAACUGGUGUCAUCAGAGCAGCAGUUGAACUAAUGUCUAUGACAGAUGCUGAAAGACCCAGAGGAGUAAAAGUGCAAGAGUCUUCUGAAAGUAGAAGCCUAGAAGAAAAUGAAGUUAAGUCACCAUCCACAGACUCAGUAGAUGAUCCUGCACCAGGAUCAUCUGAUGCUAAGAGAGCUAAAAGAGUUACACGGGAAGAUAAAGAGAAUGCUAUGCUACCAAAUUUAAAGCCUGCUCCAGGUACAGCACUGAGGUUUACUGAAAUACCAAAGGAUAAAUUCCCUCCUGGAUCAACACCAGAAGAAAUUACUAAACACUAUCUGGAUCAAUCAUACUCUUUGGAAUUGAUGAUAUCACAACAAGAUGAGCCUCUGAACAUCAUAGGAGAACUUCAAUUUGCAUAUCUUUGUUUUCUCAUCGGACAUUCCCUAGAUGCAUUUGAACAUUGGAAAAGUCUGAUUAUAUUACUCUGUUCCUGUGAUGAUGCAAUACAAAGGCAUAAAAGCAUAUUCUUCCAUUUUGUGAAAUCAUUGCAGACACAAAUUGAUGAGAUGCCUGAGGAAUUUCUAGCUGAUAUUGUAAUGAAUAAGAAUCUUGUAUACAAAAAACUUAGGGAAUUCUUUCGUACUGCAUAUAUUAGCAAAAUAGACGGGCGUCUUUGCACAUUAAUUGAGAGUUUCAAAGUUCAUUUGACAGAAAAGCUUCAAUGGGACUUCACUGAACUAGAUGCUGAUGAAGAAGACGAAUUACCAGUCAUUGUCAAUCUAGAACAGUAUGAAGAAUAAACAACUUUUAUUUCGUACUUUAACAUCAAAAAUCCGUAGCUUCGCCC